AUGAGCUCGGAUGAAUUUGACGACGAUAUCGCUGACGAGGACUUCAAUACCGCCUUUGAUCAGGUAUCUUCUUCUAGUACCCGGUUGAAUCAGUCUUUUACCUCUUCGAACGGACAUACUUCUGGGAAAAGACACUCGGCGAACCAAAAUGUGGCAGCAGAGCUAGAGGGUCUGCCGGACGAUGCCUUCUCUUCUCCUGAACCACCCCCGACUCAAUUUCGACCAAAUACAGCCCAAGUGGCGCCGCGCGCUGGACUCCAGAGAUCUGGAUCUGGAGUGUACCGACAAACAACCCUUUUUGGGAAACCACUUGGUGACCCUAGCAGCCAGCCGCAGGCACCGAACGCUACUAGAGUCUUUCGCGCUGACCUGCCUCGAGAAGAGCCGAGCCAUCAUGAAUUGAACAAGGAAGCGUUGGAAACUUGGGUGUAUCCCACAAACCUUGGAGCCAUCCGAGACUACCAGUUUACCAUUGUGAAGAACAGCUUGUUCAACAACACCUUGGUUGCGCUACCCACCGGUCUCGGAAAGACAUUCAUCGCUGCAACAGUGAUGCUUAAUUUUUACCGAUGGACGAGAAAGGGAAAAAUUGUCUUUGUUGCCCCUACGAAACCGCUGGUUGCUCAGCAAAUUGACGCCUGUUAUGGCAUCGCCGGUAUUCCAAGAUCGGAUACUACAUUGCUGACGGGCGACGUUCAGCCUGUUUUGCGCGAGGAGGAGUGGGAGAAAAGGAGAGUUUUUUUCAUGACACCGCAAACGCUUCUCAAUGACUUAUCGCACGGAUACGCGGACCCAAAAAGUAUCUGCCUCAUAGUCAUUGACGAGGCACACCGUGCCGUCGGAGAGUACGCAUACGCCAAAGUCGCCAAAUUAAUACGACGCUUUUCCAAGAGUUUUCGGGUAUUGGCCCUGACGGCGACACCGGGUUCUAAAAUCGAAACAGUACAAGAAAUCAUCGAUAACCUUGGAAUAUCGCACUGCGAAAUCCGCACAGAGGACUCUAUCGACAUUCGCCAAUAUGUGCACGACAGAAAUGUCGAGCAAGUGGUGCUUGAUCCAUCUGAUGAAAUGAAUCUCGUCGGCGAACUAUUCUCCGAGGCGCUUAAGCCACUAUUGGAUAAACUUAGCGCGCAAAAUAUCUGGUAUGGCAAAACGCCAAUGUCGAUGUCAGCAUUCGGUUUAUUGCAGUCGCAAAAGGAAUGGUUUGCGACACGAGGCAAACACGUCAACGAUGGCGUUAAGUUCAUGAUGCGCGCCAUUUUUAGCGUUCUGACAAGCUUGGCGCAUUCGAUCAAGCUGUUGAAUUUCCACGGAAUCAAACCAUUCUACGACAAUCUGGUGGAUUUUCGAAGCGAACAAGAGGGCAAGGGUCAAAAAGGUUCCAAGUACAAGCGACAACUCAUUGAACAUCCCAGCUUCCAGGACAUGAUGAACAAAAUUGCCGGCUGGAUGAAACGAGACGGAUUUGUCGGGCACCCCAAACAAACAGCCUUGGCCGACACGAUUUUAAAUCAUUUUAUGGAUCGGGGAGAAGGAUCUGGCACGCGCGUCAUUGUGUUCAGCGAGUAUCGAGAUUCUGCGGAAGAAAUUGUGCGAAUGCUGAACAUGCAUCGACCGCUGGUUAAGGCUAGUAUCUUUGUUGGCCAGGCGGAUGGUAAGCGAGGCGAAGGCAUGAAACAGACGCAACAGAUUCAAACGAUUGAAAAGUUUCGCGAUGGUCAUUUCAAUGUGCUCGUUGCGACUUCUAUCGGUGAAGAAGGAUUGGAUAUCGGACAGGUCGACCUCAUUGUCUGCUACGAUGCUUCGGGAUCCCCAAUCCGCAUGCUGCAGCGCAUGGGCAGAACCGGGCGAAAACGAGCAGGCAACGUUGUACUGCUAUUGAUGCGAGGCAAAGAAGAAGAGCAGUUUGCUAAAUCCAAAGACAAUUACGAAAAGAUGCAAACAUUGAUUUGCGAAGGUAGUCGCUUCAACUUUCGCUUCGACUUGUCGACUCGCAUCGUGCCUCGCAACAUACGACCCGAGGUGGACAAGAGGCAUGUCGAUAUCCCAGUGGAAAACACGCAAGACACAUCAUUGCCGGAGCCGAAAAAGAGGAGAGCUGCAGCGGGAAAGAAGAAGGCACCGAAGAAAUUUCACAUGCCUGAUGGCGUCGAAACGGGCUUUCAAACACUGACGGACUUUUUGAAGGGUCCGGCCAAAAAGACAAAGAAGGCCGAAGCGAAGCGCAAUGCCGAACUGGAUGACCUGAGCGCAGUACCGGACUUGGACGGCGUGUUGCUCAGUGAAGAACAGCUUCGGGAGCUCAACCGGUCCUAUCGCGACCUGCCAUUCAACCAGAGCACAUUCGAGGAGACGGACACGCUUAGCAUGACUGCUCAUCCGGAGCUUCAACGGCGCCUGGGACCUGCCUGCCUGAUAAAGCAUGGCUCGCAUACCAAGCGCCUCGUCAAGAUGCUGCAUGUCAUGGGCACCGACCCCGACAAGCUGGUUCGAGCACGCCGCCACAAAGACGACAGCGCAUACCACGAAAUACCGGUUCGAAGAUUUGUGGCCUCUGAUGGAGAGUCCGAGGCCGAAGACGACGGCGACGUAGUGGUCGAGGCACAGAAAGGACGACGAGACUCGUUCAGUUCAACCGGGAGCCUGCCGGAGCUAGUCGAGGUGCGGCGGGCGGCUGCGAAGGCGGCUCUGGAAGACAUGGCAGCCGAGGCCGAUGGAGAUGACGACGGCCCGAGAAGAAAAAAGCAGAAAACGCUCAAAAAGGGAGGCAAAAAGAAUAAGGGCCGCGAGGGGCGAACAGCCGUUAACUUGGAGGAGGUGGGCGAUGACUGCGACAGAAUCAGCGACGUCCUGGACACGGAUGGGUCGGACAGCGGCGCAGACUUGCAGGGCUUCGUCGUUUCCGACAAUGCGCCGACGUCAAGCAUGAGGGACUCGCAACCGACGUCGUCGAUGCCGGCUGGUCAGGGGACGCCACGCGGCGAUAACGCGAAACCGAAGCCGUUCUACGAGCCGACGACGUUUGUAGCGACGCAAGAGAGCGAAGGCGUGCCGGAGCUGGACUCCAUCGUCGACUCCAUAGGCAAGGACAAGCCAACGGAGAGCGACAUGGGAGUGCGACGGGCUGGGCGAAGGCGUCCACGGGUUGUGGAGGACUCGGACAGUGAGAUGGACUUGCUCUAA